AUUUUUAAUUUGUUACAUCUCUUCCUUACUAGGUGGCUGGAUACUGCGUAUUAUUGUCAUAGGAAGGACUAUGCUCGGGAUGUUGUGCCUAUUUGCCUAUUUGAUUUACAAGUUCCACCGGAGACAUCUAUCAUUUGAUGAUAAUAUUGAAGAAUUCUUACGGAGUCACAAAAAUCUCCAACCAAUCAAGUACUCGUAUUCAAACAUAAAGAAGAUGACUAAUAACUUUGCGAAUAAAUUAGGUCAAGGAGGCUUUGGCUCUGUAUAUAAAGGAAAACUUCGAAGUGGUCGCAUUGUAGCUGUGAAAGUGUUGGUCAUGUCAAAAGCUAAUGGACAAGAUUUUAUCAAUGAGGUUGCAACAAUAGGAAGAAUUCAUCAUGUUAAUGUGGUGAGACUUGUAGGAUUUUGUGUACAGGGAUCAAAAUGGGCACUUAUAUAUGACUUCAUGCCCAAUGGUUCUCUUGAUAAGUUUAUUUUUCUUAAAGAAGAAAAUAACACUUUUUUGAGCUGGGAAAGGUUGUAUAAGGUUGCACUUGGAGUGGGGCGUGGGAUUGAAUACUUACAUCAAGGUUGUGACAUGCAAAUUCUACAUUUUGAUAUCAAGCCACACAAUAUUCUUCUUGAUGAAGACUUUACACCAAAAGUUUCAGAUUUUGGCCUUGCAAAAUUGUAUUCAACAGAUGAAAGUAUGGUGUCUCUCACUGCCGCACGAGGAACACUGGGAUAUAUUGCUCUAGAAUUAUUCUAUAAAAAUAUUGGAGGUGUCUCCUACAAAGCUGAUGUUUAUAGUUUUGGAAUGUUGUUAAUGGAGACGGUGGGGAGAAGAAAGAAUGUGAAUGCAAAUGCAGAGCAUUCGAGUCAAAUAUAUUUUCCAUCAUGGAUUUAUGAUAGAUAUGAUCAAGGGGAUAACAUAGACUUGGGAGAUGCCAUCGAAGAUGAAAAGAAGUUGGUUAGGAAAAUGGUGAUAGUUGCACUAUGGUGUAUACAGAUGAAGCCCAUAAACCGUCCUUCAAUGAGCAAAGCUUUGGAGAUGUUGGAAGGAGAGGUUGAGUUAUUAGAAAUACCUCCGAAGCCUACUCUAUACUAUGAGGAAAUGUUAGUUGAGGAUCAUAUGAGCAAUCCAAUAGAAGCACCAAUUUCCUUGUGCAAUUCCCUGGGUACAAUUACAUUAGAUGGAAGGUAGUGUAGCAUUUUUCCACUUGCAUGUUAUCUCCUAUGAUAUCAUAUGUUUGUAAUUUGGAUUAGAUGUAUGGGUUAUAACUCCUCUUGCAAGGUCCAUAUAAUGUAAUAUUGUCUUGAGGCA